UCUGAGAGACGGACUGACGGCGAUGUUUUCAAAACCAGAACCGAGAGACGUCACAUUGUCGUAGGGUUAAUGUUCAGCUUUCACCCUCCAACACACAUAUUUCGUUUUCUGCUCGAAAGUGAAUGACGAAGAGGACGUCGAAGAGCUUUGUGACGGAACCACAUCGAUCUCAAACCCUCACCGCUCAAGAACAACAACAACAACAUACAAUUACGGUAAGUCAUGGCAUCCACUCAUGUUAUUUCUUCCUGCACUGCAUGCCACAUGUUUACUAUAGCUUCUUCUGUCAGCAGUGAGGGAUUCACAUAUGAUAAAUGUAAGGAAUUAGUCAGUCUGAUGGAGAAGGUUAAUGAGUUAGAGGGACGCAUCCGAACGCUAGUGGAGGUUAGUGCAAAAGAGAAGCCGGUAGAUACCGUUUCGGUUGCGGGUUGUACACCGAGCAACACACACAGACACACCCGCAGCAGGGUGUUUGGGUGACGUUUCGGUGGCAUACUCGCUCAGCAAAGUGACACCACUCUCCCGUUCCUGUUGGGGUUUCCAAUCGUCAGAUAUAAAUAAAAAAUCUCUGUCGUCUUUUACCCUUGCUACAGUAUUUUGAUCACCCAGGCUGUACACCGAUAUCCUUGGUGAAUUUGUAAAUUUUCUUGUUAAUGUAGAUAGAGCUUAAAUUGUUGUUGACUUCAACAUUCACAUAGAUAAUGAAAAUGACACAUUGGGAUUAGCAUUUAUCAAUAAUCUCAACUCUCUUGGAGUCAGACAAAAUGUGACAGGACCAACUCUUUUUGCAAGUUUGCUACGAUCAGCUAAUGUCACUCAAUCUACACCACGCUAUCGUUCAGGUAGAUCUAUUCUUUUGACCACUAAAGAUAGCUUCACUAAUAAUCUUUCUGAAUUGUCACAUAAUCGUUAAGCCAAAAAGUCUAGAAGAACUUGAUGUAAUAACAGAAAAUAUAAAUACAGUCUUCUCUAGCACUCUUGGUAGUGUUGCCCUCCUUCGAUUAAAGAAGCCGCACCAUGGUACAAUGAUCACACUCAUGCUCUCAAGAGAGCAGCUUGGAAAAUUGAGCGCAAGUGGAAAAAUACAAAAUUAGAGGUAUUUCGUGGUGCAUGGAAGGAUAGUGUCUGUAGCUACAGAUUAAAAGCUGCCAGGUCAGCAUAUUUUAGCAAACUCAUAGAAAAUAACCACAACAAUCCUAGGUGUUUAUUCAGUACUGUGGGUAAAUUGGUUAGGAAUAAAGCAUCGACUGAACCAGAUAUUCCGUCACAGCACAAUAGUAAUGACUUCAUGAAUUUCUUAACUGAUAAAAUUGAAAUAAUCAGAAAUAAAAUCGGAACUAUGCAAUCAACUGUCACAGCACCUUAGAAAACAGUGUCAAUUUUCCUCACGAGCAACUUCAAUUCUUCGCUGUCAUAGGUCAUUAAGAGCUAACAAAACUUAUCAAAAAAUAAAAACAUGUAUAUUAGAUCCAAUACCAUGUAAGCUCUUAAGACGUGUUCCCUGUAUUCUCAGAACCUCUUCUUAAUAUUAUUAACUCCUCUCUAUCCUUGGGACAUGUCCCAAGAAACUUUAAAAUGGCAGUUAUCAAACUGCUUAUUAAGAAGCCACAGCUUGAUCCUGGAGAAUUGGCUAAUUACAGACCAAUUUCAAAUCUACCAUUUAUGUCGAAAACAAACUAGAAAAGGUAUUGUUCUCCCAACUAUGUUCAUUUCUACAGAGAAAUGGUAUAUAAUAACAAUUUCAGUCAGGAUUUCGGCCCCACCACAGUACAGAGACUGCACUUAUCAGAAUUACCAAUGACUUGCUGUUAUCAUCUGAUCACGGCUGCACUUCUCUUCUAGUGCUUUUAGAUCUUUGUGCUGCCUUCGACACGAUAGAUCACGACAUUCUCUUGAAUAGGCUGGAGAAUUAUGUUGACAUUAGUGGACUUGCAUUAGCAUGGUUUAGGUCCUAUUUAUCAGACCGCUGCCACUUUGUAUCUGUAAACAAGGAAUUGUCAAAUCAAACAAAAGUAAAAUAUGGAGUACCACAGGGAUCAGUUUUAGGGCAUCUACAUUUCUCCUUAUACAUGCUUCCCCUGGGAAUUAUUAUCAGGAAUCAUGGAAUAAGUUUCCACUUACGCCGAGGAUACCCAACUUUGUUUCUUCUAAACCCAACAAAAAUUCACAAUUCUCCAAAUUAGCAGAGUGUAUCAAUGAAAUCAAAGAUUGGAUGGCCAGAAAUUUUCUUCUCAAUUCCGACAAAACAGAGGUACUAAUGAUCGGACCAAAAACCGCUAAAAAUAAGCCGCUAAAAUAUAAUUUGACUCUCGAUGGAUGUACUGUUACGUCGUCUUCUACAGCGAAAAACUUUGGUAUCAAAUAUAACACCCAUCUGUCCUUUGAAAAUCAAAAUCCUUGAAAAUCCUUUGUAGAACAGCAUUCUUCCACCUAAGAAAUAUUACUAAAUUACAACACAUGCUCUCUGUUUCUGAUGCCGAAAAACUAAUUCAUGCAUUUAUGACCUCAAGACUAGAUUAUUGUAAUGCAUUACUAGGUGGAUGUCCUGCAGGUUCAGUAAAUAAACUUAAAUUGGUUCAAAAUGCAGCUGCUGUAAUUUGAUCAUAUUAGCCCCAUUUUAUCAUCGUUACAUUGGCUACCUGUUAAAUUUCGCAUUAAUUUAAAAAUUCUGUUAACUACAUACAAAGCUUUGAAUGGUCUAGCUCCGCAGUACUUAAGUGACCUUCUGACACGCUAUAUUCCAUCACAUUCAUUAUGAUCACAAAAUUCUGGCCUGUUAAUAGUUCCUAGAAUAUCAAAAUUCACAAGGAGGUAGAUCCUUUUCCUAUUUGGCUCCAAAACUAUGGAAUAGUCUCCCUAAUACUGUCCGAGAUGCAGACACACUCACUCAGUUUAAGUCUAGACUAAAGACUCAUCUAUUUAGCCAGGCAUACACCUAAUUUAUCCUUCAACUCACAAUUAGGCUGCUUUAGUUAGGUCUGCUGGAACCAGAAACAUCUAUCAUGAUCUAUAACUCUGCAAUAAAUUGAAUGGCAUUCACGCUAAUAUUAUUCUAUUUGUUUCCCUGUCUCAACCUCGGGAUUCAUAUCCUGAGGUUACCAGAGCCAGCCAGAUCCAUCUCAGUUCCUGCUUGGUGUCGGAUUCCACUGCUAGGUGUCGCUGAAUGAUGACAAACUACAGCCGGUGCUAGACAGACAUCACUUCAGUCUUUUACGAUGGACUUCGGAGGAUGUACUGAUCCAGCUCCAACUGCCCAUAAUGAAAUCUGUGAGCCGUAGCUGCUGCAGCUAGUCAGAAGAUGCACCAUGGCCAAACCGGGAUCGGGCCGUGAUGGAGCCAUGGUGGAGAAGACUGCAGGGAAGAAGAGUAAAGAGAAAAUGUCUCCGUUUGCCAAAACUCCGAAGCUCGAUCGGAGUGAGAUCCUAGGGAAAGAGGGGAAGUCCAGGUCCUCCAUGAAACGAAAGCUCUCCUUCACCAUCAGUCCACCUCGGAACGAGGAGCUUCACUCAGACACAGAUGACUCUGACCCCGGGCAGUCAAGUGAUGUGUGGGGAGAGAGAUUACUUCCCCCCUGCAGGAUAUACGCAGACAAAGAUGUACCAGAUAAGAAGAAGGUUAAGAAGGAGUCGGGUACUAAGAAGUCAACCCCUGUGAACAUUUUGUUCGGCUACCCUUUAUCGGAACGAAAGCAGAUGGCACUUGUAAUGCAGAUGACUGCGAGAGACAACAGUCCUGAUACGACGCCAAGUCACCCAUCUCAAAUGCCGCCAGUGCAGAAGAAGAUCGCUAGCAGCUCGUCCUCACGACAGAAAGACAAAGUUAAUAAACGGAACGAGAGAGGAGAGACCCCGCUGCAUAUGGCCGCAAUCAGGGGGGACGUCAAACAGGUUAAGGAACUCAUUAGCCUCGGGGCGGAUGUGAAUGUCAAAGAUUUUGCAGGUUGGACACCUCUCCAUGAAGCUUGUAACCUUGGUUACUAUGAUGUGGCAAAGGUUCUGAUUGGUGCAGGAGCGGAAGUGAACACGCAGGGAUUGGAUGAUGACACUCCGCUUCAUGAUGCCUCCAGCAGUGGACACAAAGAUAUUGUGAAGCUGCUCUUGCAUCAUGGAGGUAAUGCCUACCAGGCCAACAAGAGAGGAGAGAGACCGGUUGAUGUUGCUGACUCUCAGGAGCUUGAGCAGUUACUCAAGGGAGAAAUCCCACUGUCAGAACCAGAAGAGAGCUCUUCAGAAUCUGAGGACCCACCCUCUGUAAAUCCAUCCAGUGUAGAUGAGAACAUGGAAUACUCUGAUGCUGAAAAAGACUCUGACUGUAAAUCCACCACAGUGAAGGCCUCAUCAUCCAUGUCGGGGCUAGAUGAAUAUGAGUUCAAGGACGAGGAAGAGGAGGAUGACCUGAGUAAGGCACUUAAUGACAGACACAUCCUAAGAAGAGAGCUCCGCCAAAAGGAGAAAGAGGAGAAGGAAAAGAACCACUAUGCUUCGAAACAGGGGAGCAAAAGCGACCAGUCGACGCUGGCAUGCAAGUCUAAAAAAACGAAGGCGACCCGUGUUUACUGCAGUUCAGACAGUUCAAGCGAUGAAGCUGAGGUGCCAUUAGAAAGAAGGAGCUCGCCGACUAGGUCGGUCAGCAUGGAUGGUCACAAAAUGGACAAUAGAUUGAAGAAAGAAAGUCUAAAUCUCACACCAGCAGAGCAGAAAGAAAAAGGUAAACAGAAGAAAAAGAACAAGAGCCAAAGCAAAAAUAAGGAGAACCAAGAACUCCAAGAAGAAGGGAAAGAGAACAGCAAAUCCCUUAUUUUUUCCACUGCAACUGUGUCCGACAAUUCUGAUAGGGGCGUCAGGGAGGAAGACUCCUUUAAAAUGUCAUUUAGUGCAAAGGAUGACACAUCGGUCCACCUCUUUCACCUAGUCAAGUCCCCAAAGCUGAACCACAACCAAACUGACAAGCAGACAACCCCUCUGAAACAAGAAAAUGCUAAGAUGUGUGUUUCUAUUGGCGAUGGGUCCUGUCCGAUGGAAAGCGUCAAGUGCAACCACUACACUGAGUCAGACUUCUGCACAGAAGGUUCAAGUAGUAAGAGCUGCAAACACAAGGAGAAAAGCAAGCAUCACCACAAAGAGCUCAGCUUAGAUGGAGAUGAUGGUAACUCCAGUCCUUUCAAAGACAGUAUGGACAGUUCAGAGUACGUCUUUAGGAAGACUGACAAUGAAGGGGAAGUUUUUAAAAAGCACAAGCUGAAACACAAGGAAAAGUACAGGAAGGAGUACGAGGCUGAGAGGAAUCGCCAUCGGCAGAAAGAGGCCCGCAAAGAUGGACAUAGGAAUAUGGAGUUCGAUCGGGAGUUUUGGAAAGAGAACUUCUUCAAAAGUGAUGAGAGCGAAGAGCUCACUGGUAUAUGUGAGACGCUAGGUGGUGGAUCUCCUCCGAAAUCUUCAGAAUCGUCACCUGUUAAAGAGGAAAGAGGGGCAUCAAAGGACAAACAUUCAAGCAGUAGUAGCAGCAGGGACAGGAGGCCAAAGGAGGAGCGAGAAAAGGACAAGACCAUAAAAAAAGAGAAAAAAGAGGUUCCCAUCAAAGACGAACGUGGAAAGGACGGAAAAGGAGAUGAAAUUGAUGACCGUACUGAGGGCCUUGGCUCUGGACGAAUGUCUGAGGGUUCACUGCACAGUUCUGGAGUGAAAGAGGAAACGGAUGAUAAGCCAAUCACUGUGAAUUUGGUUGACCAAGAUCAACAGGAGAAGAACACUCAAGAGAAAAAUGAUAAGCGAGUGCCAACAAUGGAUCGAGAGACUGAGAAGUCUGAUAAAAAGCAUGCAGAUAAAGACAAGAAAGUUAAAUCUGAUCAUUCAGCUGAUAAGCCUGAAUUGCACAACUCCACUGAUCGAUGGAAAGAGAAGGAGAAAUUAACAAGCAUUUCAAAUUCACCCAAUGAUAAAAGCCAUAAAGAUAGUGAAAAGCUCAAGGCGAUGUCAGUGAUGAAAAAACAUGAGGAACACAAGAAGAAUAAGGACAGGCUCGACAAAAGAGCAGAGAAAGAGCAUUUUUCUGGUGACCACAAAGACAAAACGAGUUCUGAAAAAAAAGCAAAAGCCCCUGAGAAAACUACCGAUCAUGGCAAAUCUGACCGCACUAAGGAAAAAGAACGGGAAAAAGAUUCUGACAAGAGGAAGAAAGACAAACUGAAAGAGACCACCCCUUCUUCCUCAUCCUACUCCAGUCUCAAGUUGUUGUUGGAAGAGAAGAAAGGCUACAUUUCUGAGAACAAUAAGGUCAUCUCGUCGAAAUCAAAAGAUGAGGUAACGAAGGCUUCAGAGAAAGACAAAGAUAGAAGAGAGAGGGACCGGGAGUCUGAAAGACAUCGAGACCGUGAGCGAGACCGACACAAGGACAAAGAUAAAGACCGGUCACAACUGAAUAAAGAUGGCAAAAUUAGCAAGGCAAAACCAAGUGAAGUGGAUUCCAAACCUAAAGUUGCACAUGCUUUAAAAGAUACUCGUCCCAAAGAGAAGAGGUUGGUCAAUGAUGACCUCAUGAAGACCAGCUUUGAACGCAUGCUCAGUCUGAAGGACCAAGAAAUUGAACAGUGGCACAGAAAACACUUAGAGAAAAUCAAGCAGAAGGAAAGAGAACGACUAAAACAACGGCCAGGAAUUGAAAUGGGUAAACAGAAAAGCAAGGAUAAAAUGAAAACCUCCUCUAUGUCCAGUGAACCAUGUCUUACCAAGGAACUAACUCGCUCCAAAAGCUCAGAGGCCUCGGAUGGUCAUCGCGAGAGAACUUUAAAAGAUGCCACCAGUGGAAGAACGCUCUCACUUGAUACGAAAAAUCUCUCCUCCUUUGGGAAGAAUGGUCCAGUAAUAGAAAACAACCUUAGUCGAUCUCCACGACCAGAGAGCGAAAGAUCUGGUCUUAUGUCAAGAUCCAUAUCCAUGAUCUCUGUGGCAAGCUCAGAAGACUCCUGCCAGGCAACCAUAUUAACCCCUAAACCUACUGAUUAUGAUUCGGACCCCAACAUGGAAGCUUCAGAUUCCCAGCCACCUUUUCUGCAGUCUCCCCUUGUUCUACAGUCCUCCAAGUCACCAUCUGUUUUUGAUAAAGAGACCAGCAGUCUUCCUGAAUCGGCUUUCUGCAAUCGCACACCAUUGUCAAGCAGGCACCCUUCCCCAUGCUUAAGGGCAAUUCUAGAUGAAGAAGCCAAGGUGCCACCAGCAGAAACUAGACUGAGCGAAGAGUCCCAGAAAAUUACUGUGUCACACUCAAGCAAUGAGCAAGCUGCAGUUCAUCAGACAGAAAUGAGUGCAACCCCUGUUCAGGAGAAUCUGAGUAGUCAAAGUCUUACUGGUACUAUUCCAGAUGGUGAAAGUCAGAUGUCUAGUACUGAGGGUGAAGGCAUCACUCCUGUUUGUCAAGUUCAGCCGUCAUUGCACUUGCACAGAUCUACUGCUAAAGACCUUAGCAGCCAGCAAUGUGGCCUCACACAGGAUAACGUUGUGUUUCAGACCCAUUUGGAGAAGAAACACUUUUGCAACACUGGUAGUCAAGUAGAGCAGGCAAGUCUGGGUCAGCUUGAAGUAGCUGGUACAGUAAUGACAGAGGGCUCCAACAAGGAUUCUCCAUUAUGUGUUGUAUCACAAGUUGCAUCAAUUCAGUCUUCUCAGACACAAAAUUCAUCAGAAACCAAUGUACCUUUGCAUUCAAGUAGCCUGCAGUGGGAAACUGCCCUCAAUUCCAGCAUUGAGCAGACACUGAGAGCUGACUCUUGUCUAAGACCAGAACAGAAAGAGAAACCCUCAGCUGUUGCUGAGAACAAAAUAGACAAGAGUGGGGAAAACAUCCCCAGAACAGAUCACACAAGCAUUGCAAAUUCAUCUAUUGGUUCAUGUAGAUCCAGCUCUGAGGAAAAUGCUAAGCCCCUGCUGAGAACCACCAAUGUACAGGAGGAUACAGAAAAGGAUGCAAGUGUCCAAGAAGAAGGUACAUCAAGGUUCUCCAGUGAGUCAUUGGUUACAGUUGAUGCUCAACCAGAGAAACUCGAAGAUGGCCUGCAUUCUGCUUCAACAAACGUGCCUCACUGCACUAGUCCAGAAAGGAACCCUGAGGAGCCAAUGGAGUUGUCUGAAGAGGUUUCAGAUGAAAGCCGAGUCACAGAGACAGAUGCCGUAAAAGUCUUAGAAGAAGGUUUGACAAUCCACACUCUAAAUGAAAGUAAGGCUGAUGUAGAGAUGUCAGACCAGCUUGCUGUUGAGGAGCAGCCUGCAAAAUCGGAUCUUCAGGCUAGAGGAGAACAUGGUCAAAGCAACACUGGAGUCCAGCAAGAUCCUCAGGUAGAGCCACCUAGUGGAGGCACCUCAGGAAGCUCCUCCCCAUUAUCCAUAGUGGAGAGAGAUUCCGAUACAUCUGGGACCAGAGCCAAAGUCCGACUCCUGGAAGAGGAAGGUGAUAUCCAGGUGACCCAUCCAAGGAAACGAAAGAUGCUUAGGGUUUUGCCUCAGGCACAAGCAAACCUAACAGCUCAGCAGGUCAAAGAAAAGACACAGCAGUCCUUAGCUGCAAUUGUAGAUGCAUUGAAGCUUGAAGAGAUUCAGCCUUACCAGACUGAGAGAGCAAACCCUUAUUAUGAGUAUUUGCACAUUCGCAAGAAGAUUGAGGAGAAGAGGAAAGUUCUUUGUAGUGUCAUUCCUCAAGCUCCUCAGUACUAUGAUGAGUAUGUGACAUUCAAUGGGUCCUACCUGCUGGAUGGAAACCCACUUAGCAAGCUCUGCAUCCCAACUAUAACUCCACCCCCAUCUCUACCUGAACCACUGAAGGAGAUGUUCAAACAGCAAGAGAUGGUGCGGAUGAAGCUAAGACUGCAGCACAGCAUCGAGAGGGAAAAGCUGAUUGUAUCCAAUGAGCAGGAGGUUUUGAGAGUUCAUUACCGAGCUGCAAGAACACUAGCCAAUCAGACGCUUCCAUUCAGUGCCUGCACAGUCCUGUUGGAUGCUGAAGUGUACAACAUGCCCCAGGACAUGCAAGGUGAUGAUGGGAAAACCUCUGUUAGAGACCGGUUCAAUGCAAGACAAUUCAUGUCUUGGCUUCAAGAUGUAGAUGACAAGUUUGACAAGUUAAAGACAUGUCUCUUGAUGCGCCAGCAGCACGAAGCGGCCGCGUUAAAUGCGGUUCAGCGUCUGGAGUGGCAGCUAAAGCUGCAGGAACUGGAUCCCGCCACUUACAAGUCUACCAGCAUUUUCGAGAUUCCCGAAUUCUACAUCCCACUCGUGGAAGUCAAUGACAACUUUGACCUGACGCCAAUAUGACCUUGUGACGUUGUGCGAUUUCCGAGAUAUAGACAUGAUGGAACAAUUCGUAGCUGUCGGACCACGACAGUGAUGAUAAUAACACGAAGCACUUGAUCUGGGGGGAGUCAGUUGGUGUGUGCGUGUUUGCGUGCAUGUAUGUUUGAGUUUUCAUGUGUGCUUGCAUAUCACGUCACACGCCAGAGAAGUAACUAAACUAACAAGAAAUAAUAAAAACGUUAAGUCGCUCAGUCUUCGACUGUGCUGUACUUCAAGGCUGUCAUCGCCAGUUCGGUCCGUGUUCUUGUACUGGUUUGACCACGCGUACCCGUUCCAAACGCACUUCACUAGGUAAGACUACAGGCCUAACUAAAACGCACUUAACCCUGAGCUCCACUAUCCAGUAGACCAAGGGGUGGGAGAACUACAAAGAGGAGUGCCCGAAAACCAGCUUCCGAAGGGUGAAGGCCACCAUCGGAAAGUGUUCGGAGAAAGAAAUGGGGGAUCGAGAUUUUUCCUCCUCCAUUGAAGGUACAGUUCACACAAAAAUGAGAAUUCUGUCAUUUACCCUCCCUCAACUUGUUGUCCAAACCUGUAUGACAUACUUUCUUCUGUAAAACACAAAAUGAGAUAUCUAGCACCAUUCUUUUUCAAUGUAUGGAGAGAGAGAAAAAAAAAGAUGCAAUGAAAGUGAAUAGUGACCGAGUCUGUGAUUCUGCCUAACAUCUACUUUUGUGUUUCAUAGAAGAAAGUGCAUGACAUUUUGGGUGAACUUUCUCUUUUAAGAAAGAGAUCUCAAUCCAACAAGUUUCUACAGUGAGUGUUCAUAGAUUAUGUAUAGAUUGUGCUCCUCAUUUUUUAACUUAUUUUAUACAUACUGAUUGUGCAUUUGUAAAUAGCCAUGUAAUUAUUGUUUUUAACUUGUAAAAAAAAAAAUGAAAGACAACUGAGAGGACAGAAAAAGUAAUAUUUUGAUUGUAAACUUAGUUUUGUCUAAUGUUUAAUGGACCAAAGUUGUUUUUACAUUUGAAGUUCUUUGUUGCUGUUGUUUGUUGAUGUUUGCUUAACUCUUUAAGCAUGUGUUUUUGAAUUACCUUUUCGUUUAGUUUUAUUCUAUUUUUAAAAUUCCCCUUUGACAUUCAUCAAAGCCGGUGUAUUUUGACUUGUGAUUUCAAUAAUGUGCAUGCUUUCGCAGGUUCGUCCCUCUUUGAAAAGUUGUACUGUGGUGAGGUUUACCGAAGUGGUCCUGGUUUUUUUCUGCCAUUGUUCUGUCUAUUAGUAACAUCCAUUUGUGUGUUGUCCCUUGUGUCUUGCGCACACAAAAAAAAAAUGUGGCUUCUCGGUAGGAAAAAAAAAAAAAAAACUUUUACAGUUUUAAUGUGAGAUCACAAAACCUAUUUUUUACAACGUUAAUGCCUUUUGAACGAUGGUUCUAAAAAUGUCUAUUUUAAUAUUUACUUGUUACAUGAGGAUGUACAUAUUUGUAAUAUAUAAUUGAAUAAAUUUUAUUUGUUGUGAAAUCAAAAA